UUACAAUUGUUCGUCAACAUAAAUUGUUGUAAAAAAUUCUAACAAAACGAGAUAUAUAUUGAAUAAAACGCCGAAUAAACUAACCGUUUGGCAAUUAAAUUAUUUGUAAACCCAUUCCAAAUCAAUAACAACAAAAAAAUAAAUAUGGACGCUACGAAGGAUCAAGGCUUGGUCAUCAAAAUGGCACAAAAGAACAAGGAAACGCAAACCGUUAAGAUAGGUGGUGGCAAUUGGUUUGCAGUGCCCCCAAAUGGUGCUGGGCGUGAUUUUAACCAAAUGCCGGCAUUCAGCCGCAUCUCCUGGCAGUUCUACAAGGAUCGCGAGGAGGAGCUUUAUCGGCGUGCCUGCCAUUUAAAGGGCAUACGGGUGCAGCGCGAGGAGGAAGACGACUCAAUUGGAUCCGAGGAGGAGCCAUCAAAGGCACACUAUCGUUACACAUUAGACGAAAUGAAAAGUUACAAUCCCUAUCGUUUUAUCAAUCUAAAAAUGUAAAAAAUCACAGCCACAACAACAGCUACAACUACAACAACAACGACAAGAAGAAACCCAACCAAUAAUUAGGCAACAGCAAAAAGCACACGAUAUCAGACGACCAACCACAAUGUACACAGCACACAACAAGUUGAGAGUCUGUUGCCCCCCUAAUGACUCAAUGUUUUUACACAAUUACGAUUUCAUAUUAAUUAGAGUAUAUCCAGAUGUCUACAGAGAAGCAGACCUGACAGAUGCUUGUACUAUUUCAUGUUCAAAACAAUUGAUGAUUGUUCAUAAAUGGUUUUUUUACCAGCCAA